CCCACGUGGCACGACAGAGCAACUCAGCGACAUUUGUCACACGCACUGCUCCCCACCAGCGCAACUGCGCAAGAGAUAUGGAGAGCCGAGAUUGAAAUAGAAUUGAAUCACAUGCGAUUCCGAAUCACCAACCGCGACCACCAAUAGUCCUUUGGGACCGCAGGUAAAGUGGGCCCCACCAUCAUCACCAUAGCCAAUAAGCCGCCGGCACUGAGCUACCAACUGUGGGCGGCCUCAUAAACAAGCGAAAAUCAUUGUUGCCGAGAAAAGAAAAAGAAAUGGAAGGAGAGCCACGACCAGCACUUGUACCCACACCAGAAGACCCUACACCUAAGAAAUCCUCUCACCAAACAACUCCUCUCCCCCAAACAGCCUUUAUCAGAUACAGAGCUCUCUGUUUUAGUUUCCAAAAGUGCAUGAAGUGGCAUGGGAUUUGAUUUGAAGUUGGUUUGAGGUUUCUGAUUUGAUGGGGAAUUGCUGGUUUACGUGGAAACCAUCUGUGUACAGAGUAUCAUCUAAUGUAAAGUCAGAGUCUCCGAAAAUCCAGAGCCCAUCGCUAAAAGAAGAAGAAAAGAGUGCCACUAAAUUGCCAUCAAAUCCUGAAGAAGUCGAGGAUUUGCGCCGGGAUUCAGCAGCUAAUCCAUUGGUAGCGUUCACUUACACUGAACUGAAGAUAAUUACAGGGAAUUUCAGGAAAGAUAAUAUUUUGGGUGGAGGGGGAUUUGGAAGUGUUUACAAAGGCUUCAUUUCUGAAGAUUUACGAAAGGGGCUCCAGCCUUUUCAAGUAGCAGUUAAAGUUCAUGAUGGCGAUAACAGUUUUCAGGGCCAUAGAGAAUGGCUGGCCGAGGUUUUAUUUCUAGGGCAACUUUCACAUCCAAAUUUGGUGAAACUGGUUGGAUACUGCUGCGAAGAUGAACACCGAGUGCUGGUUUAUGAGUAUAUGGCUCGGGGUAGCGUGGAAAACAAUCUCUUUUCAAGAAUAUUGCUCCCCCUUCCUUGGUCUAUUAGAAUGAAGAUUGCGUUUGGAGCUGCAAAAGGGCUUGCUUUUCUCCAUGAAGCUGAAAAGCCAGUCAUCUAUCGCGACUUCAAGACAUCUAAUAUCUUGUUGGAUCCGGAGUAUAAUGCCAAACUUUCUGACUUUGGACUUGCGAAAGAUGGACCAGUGGGAGAUCAGUCCCAUGUCUCUACUCGCAUUAUGGGCACAUAUGGAUAUGCAGCCCCAGAAUACAUUAUGACAGGCCAUCUGACUGCUCGGAGCGAUGUAUACAGCUUUGGUGUCGUCCUCCUUGAACUGCUCACUGGCCGGAAAUCACUAGACAAGUCUCGCCCACCUCGAGAGCAAAACCUUGCUGAGUGGGCCCCACCUUUGCUCUGUGAGAAGAAGAAACUGCCUAACAUUAUAGACCCAAGACUGGAAGGUGACUAUCCAAUCAAAGGUGUACAUAAGGCAGCCAUGUUAGCUUUUCAUUGUUUGAAUCGCAAUCCAAAGGCAAGGCCACUUAUGAGAGAUAUUGUUGACACGUUGGAGCCUCUUCAGAUUCCUGUGGACAUUCCGAGUGCUGCAGAUCCUACCACUGCCACUCCUGCUAACAGUGCUCCUACUGUUUGCACUGAAGUUCUGGUUGUAGAGGCUCAAAGACAAGGGGAGGCUAGCUGCAAUUAACGCUUUGGUUCUGCUUCAUGGAGUUUCAUAUUCUAGACUAUGUUUGGAUGAAGAAUCAACAUUCUAGGAUUCUAGUGGGCCCUGAAUUUGCAAUGACUGAUUGCAAAUUCAAGAAUCGUGCUGGAAAAAGGAAGAGAAAUUGACAUAGCAGGUCCAGGGUCACUAGAAAUAGGAUCAGAUGGAAAUCUUAUUCUCGUUCUUUGGCUGUCCAAACAAUGUUCUCUGGAAUGGCGAACUUGCACGCUGAAGGCUGAAAGGUCUGCUUCUACAUACCAUAGGGGUGUUCUUUUUUUUCCUUUUUUUUCUUUUUUUUUUUUUUUUUUUGGUGGAAAGCAGAUGUUACUGCUGCUUGUAUUGUUUUGGAGGUUUGUUAAUAACCUAAUAUGAAUGAUGCCCCAGCCCCUUUACUUUCUGGUGCACAUAUGAUGGUCCGAGCCAUCCAUCUAGUGGGCUCCAUUGUAGAGUUGUGGUCUUCAUGAUCUGGCUAGUCCAACCGUCAGGUAGGCCACAUUGUAGGAAGCAAACUAGUGGCUAG